CUUGAUGAAUGUAAGAAUGAAAUAGCUCGUACUCUGGAUGAACUGAGGUGUAUUCACGAUGCCGAAAUUGAGCGACUCAGCCGGUCCAAUCAAAUUCAAUGUGCGAAUUUGGACAGUAAGUUGGCGGAAGCGGAGAAAACGGUGGUGGAACUGAUUCGAGACAAGAAAAAUUUGGAAGCGACACUGAGCAAAGAUACUAAUGAAAAAGUGGCGGAAUUGUCGAAGGAAAUUAGCAGUUUAAAUGCGGCACUGGAAAUCAAAUCAGCAGAAAUCAAGAAUCUGCGCCAAAAAAAUGCCACAUUGCAGCUGAAGGUCGAGGAAAUUCCACGGAAGGAUAUUGAGAUAAGUACAUUGCAGCAUCGGGUUCGUGAACUGAAAACACUAGUGGAACAAAAAACCAGUACGGAAAAGGUGCUCACAUCCAAGUUUGAGGAGCUGCAACGUUCCGCACGAGUGCAAGCAGUGAUGUCAGAAUCGAUGUCAAAGGAGAACGAUAUGCUCCGGUAUAAGAUUGAGGAGAUGGAAUCGUCCACUUCAGAUGGCGAACAUAACAAUUCGGCUGUUGAUAAACCGGUGUAA